AGGCCAGUCAUACCCUGCUUGUCUGGCUAAUCAAUACCCACCUCUUUGAGUUGUUGUUUUUCUCAGACUUCGAGGAACACAGGGUUUUAGAGCUGGUCCAUCGCUGCAGACGACAACUCGGUCUGUUUAAUGGAUCUUUUUCUGAGGCAUUGUAUAGAUGACCGUCUGGAACUGCUUAAUAUUUGAGACAGAUUGCCCCAAAAAUGAAGCGGCUGCGCUGUGUGUCAGCAAAGGGAGGAAGCAGCAGCUGUAGAAGACCCUUGGGCUUGUGAAUACAGUAACUCUAAAAGUAUUUUGCAGUAUUUUUCAAACUUUACAGGUACAUUGUUGGAGUGACAGAUGAAUGGUUGCCCCAAAAUUGAAGCAGUGUGCAUAGUGAUGGCAAAACGGUAGCUUCCGACCCUUGAUAGCAUGGUAACUCAAAAAUUAUUUGUUCGAUAUUUGCCUAACUUUAUUAUAUGGGUAAUGAUCUGGACCUGUUCAAAUUUUGAUGCAAAUCGCACUGAAACUGAAGCUUCGCUUAGUAACACCGAAAAUAAGGAUGUGUUGAUUACAGGCUUGUCCUUGUGAACAGCAUCACUCUCUUUGUAAUUGAUGCUCUAUUUAUUCUAUUUGAUCUUUGAUCUUAUUGCCACUUCACAAAAACAUUAUAUUGAUGAAAGUCUGCACUUGAAAAUGUACAAUCGACCAGACAAACUGCACUAACAAAGGGCAGCCAAAGGCCCAAAUGGAGCCACAGCGCCAGCUUGUCAGCGGCUCUGUCUGCCUCCUGCCUCCUGCCUCCUGCCUCUCUGGAUCUCUUUGCAGACUCCCCAGGAACAUUGUACAGAUAACACACUACAAGCAAUACCCCCCUGAUAUCAGCAAGGUCUACUCGUACUUCGAGUGCCGGAGCCGCAGCGAGGGCCAGUUCAAUGAAGUUGUGUUUUUUGGACUGCAAUACCUGCUGAAGAAAUACUUGGCAGGGCCUGUCGUCACAGAAGAUAAGAUUCAAGAGGCAAAAAUCUUUUAUCAGCUGCACUUCAGACAGCCAGUCUUUGAUGAAGAGGGUUGGAGGAAGAUCUUGGAGAAACACGAUGGUCGUCUUCCCAUCUGCAUCAAGGCGAUUCCCGAGGGGAAGGUCAUUCCACGGGGGAAUGUCCUCUUCACUGUUGAAAACACGGACCCGGAUUUUUAUUGGCUCACAAACUACGUAGAGACCAUGCUGGUGCAGGUGUGGUACCCUAUCACCGUGGCCACCAUCUCCCGAGAGUUUAAGAAGAUCCUGGCAAAGCACCUAAAGGCCACUUCUGGAAGCUUGGAGGGACUGGACUUCAAGAUGCAUGACUUUGGCUACCGAGGUGUCUCAUCACAAGAGUCGGCAGCACUGGGUGGUGCCGCCCACCUGGUCAACUUCUGCAGCACAGAUACGGUGGCAGGUAUCCAGAUGGUCCGGCGCUACUACGGCUGUCCCAUGGCCGGCUUCUCCAUCCCUGCUGCAGAGCACAGCACCAUCAUCUCCUGGGGCAAGAACCGGGAGAAGGAGGCCUUCGAGAGCCUGCUGGACCAGUUCCCGUCGGGACCCGUGUCCGUGGUCAGCGACAGCUACGAUAUCUUCAAUGCCUGCAAGCGUAUCUGGGGGGAUGAACUGAAGGAGCGAGUUAUGGAGCGCAGCGCAGACUCCACGCUGGUCAUCCGGCCGGACUCGGGGGACGUGGCCGAGACCCUCCUCCAGGUCAUAAAAAUCUUGGAGGACUGCUUUGGAUGCUCCUUGAACUCCAUGGGCUACAAGCUGCUCCCGUCAUACCUGCGCAUCAUCCAGGGAGAUGGGAUCGACCUUGGCUCCGUGGAUGAGGUCCUGAAGAAGCUGAGAGACAAGGGCUGGAGUGCGGAGAACGUCUUCUUCGGCUGUGGCAGCACCCUGCUGCAGAAGAUGAACCGGGACACGCUCAACUGUGUCUUCAAGUGCAGCUACGUGGAGACCAACGGACGAGGGAUGGACGUGUGGAAGCAGCCGGUCACUGACCCAUCCAAAGGCUCUAAGAGAGGCCGCCUGUCGCUCAGGAGGAACUCUAAUGGCUUUCUGGAGACUGUGGAGCGAGGCGCUGGCAAGCCGGAGGAGGACCUGCUGGUGACCGUGUUUGAGAACGGCUCCAUCCUGCAGGAAUACACGCUGGAGGAGAUCCGCAAGAAUGCCCAGCUCUGGCAGGAAGACAUUAUCCCAUGCCAGCACAACCAAGACCACCUGCAGGCAGAGCAACAGCACAUCAUGAAUGCAGUGCACUGAUCCACCUGCAGGGGGAGCUCAACACACUGCCAGUGACCAAUGAGUGCCCUCCAAUUAGCUCUUUUAAAUCGUUUGUAAUCGUAUAUAUAUUUUUAAGUAGAGAAUAUCCAGUUUUUUUUUCCCAUGCCGUGCCUCCGCUAGGAACAGAACCUGAAAUACACAUGCUGCCAUGGAUAUUAAGAAAUGUGUUAAAAAUGAGGUUUCGCAGAGUGAGGGCUGAUGUGCUUGGUUUUCAGGACUGAAAUCAAUUAAGAUUAAAAUUCUGUUCUUUUUUAUAAAUGUGACUUCUCAGAGUAAAGAUAUAUUAGAUGAAAGGUGUCUAAGCCUUAAAGCUGCAUUUUAACAAUGGAGGGUGGAGUUUGUGUGUGUGUGUGUGUGUGAGAGAGUGUGUAUUUAAUGAUCACAAUGAGGGUGAAGAGUGCCUCCCAGUGGCAAUCUUAAGCGUGUGUUUAGACCAUUUAGACCAGUACGGCGUUCUGUCAGGACCGAUCCUGGGGUGUGGCUUUCCCGUCUUAGAGCUUCAAACCUCAGAUGAAUUUCAUUUUAGAAAAUGCUGGCAGCUAAAGUCAGUCACUUUAAUUGACCUAAUUUGUGCUGAUUGACCUGUAAACUGUCUGCACACUGAACGCAUGUCUUGGGUGGAGUAGAUGUAGAUGUCAUCUAACACUUCGGUUUUUAAAGUUCCAUUUGUUAUUAACCUUGAAGCUGGAUGAAGGUCUUGUUCUCAACUCUACCUCUUAUUAAUUAUUAUUAUUAUUAUUUUAAAUACAAUAUGACAAUGUACAUGAAAAGAUCGAAACAAUAAAGUCCUAUUAAAUUGUGUACAUUCCUCAA